AUGUAUAUGCAUGUGGGCGUGUGUGAAUGUAUGUUGGAUUUACGUGCGUCGGACUGCGCAAGUAUGAUCUCUCUCCUUUCCAACUCUCCUACCCAGCACCGCGCUCUUCCCCAAAGUUCUAGCUACGGUGGCAGUGUGAUGGAUGAAUGUGUGCGUGAGUGUGUAUGGUGUGUGGCACGCACGUGCGUCUGGCCCGUCUCAAGCUCGUGCCGCCAGUCCGGCCUCCUCGUCCAGAGCCCGAGCGGCGCGCACGCCUCCCUUGUGAACAGGAUUUUGGAGCUAAUGGGACGAGAGUUUCCGGCGGCUUUUUAUAGUUUCAAUGCUGCGUUCCCCUCCUCCGUCUCAUGCGAGCAACAGUGUGCGACCAUCAAGCAAAGAAUGAAGGGGGACUCCUCUCCGACCGCCGACGUAUUCGGGGAGAGCAAGGCUCAAGACGCCGAGAUGCCAGUUCAAGAGAGCAGCAGCCAGCAAAACACCGAGGUGCCGACUCGAGAUGACAGCCAGCAGCACGCCGAGAUUCCAACCCAAGAGGAUAGCCACCACCACGCCAAUACUCUAGCCGAUAAGGACGAGCCCGCCCACCUCCCCAGCGGCGACGCGGCAGUCAGGCCCUUUGGCGUGAGCCACGGCGCCGACUCUCUGGCCUGGCACGACCAGCAGGCGCGGCAGCCUCACUCCCAGCCGGCGACCCAACCCCAACAUCAACAGCAGCAACACCAUCAUCGCCAUCAUCAUCACCACCACCACCAGAAGCGCCAGCAGCAGCAAGAGCCCCAGCGGCUGCCCCUCCCGCCCCAGCCCUCGUCCUACUUCUCGUCCUCGUCCUCGAGCGACUCCGAAUCGGGCGGCGGCGGCUCGUCGGGCUCGUCGUCCAGCCGCGCCUCGUACGACGGCUCGUCGGGCCGCUCGUUCCCACUCGUGACGGACAAGGCCAAGUACCGCGAGAUGGAGGAGCGGGAGCGCAAGCGGGAGCGGGAGGAGGAGGAGGAGGGGGGAAAGCUGAUGGCCGGUAGUUAUGGUGGUGGUGGCGGUGGCGGUGGCGGUUGUGACUGCGCUGACGACGAUGGUCAGAAGCAGCAGCAGCAGCAAGAGCCCGGUAGCGGCGACGGCGGCCACGGCGACAGCAAACUCGGCAAGAUCCUUGAGAAGACGGGCAAGGUGCUGCACAGCGAGCGCGUCACCGAGGCGGGGCGGCACCGGCGCGAGGAGGCCGGGCACGAGCAGCACUGA